GCUUCAUGUUCAUUGUUGGGACAAGUUCCAAACCAACAAACAGAGAAAAAAAAGCAUAAAGAGUUUGAUCAUCUGUUUUUUGUUCCAAACCAACAUACAGAGAAAAUAAAAACUCUUUCUGGGUUUUGGUGGGCUUUUGCAGUUAUUGCCAUAAAGUUCCAGUCUUUGGUUUUAGCCAUAAAGUUUGAACAUUUACACACAUUGAAUUGAAUUCUGAAGAAAUAUAUAUAUUUCUGGGGGGACUUGGUGGGUUUUAGUUGUUGGUUGUAAUGGAAGGGGGUGAAAUUUUCAAGGCUAGUAGUAGUUUAAGAGUGAAUAGUUCUUCCCUAUGGAGGAACAACUCUGUGGAAGUUUUCAACAGGUCUUCACGAAUGGAAGACGAUGAAGAAGCUCUCAAAUGGGCUGCCCUUGAAAAGCUUCCUACGUUUGAUCGUCUAAGAAAAGGUAUAUUAACUACCUCAAAAGGUGAGGCUAAUGAAAUCAAUGUAGAAAGUCUUGGAUUUGAAGAAAGGAAGCAAUUGCUUGAGAGGUUAGUGAAAGUAGCUGAAGAGGACAAUGAGAAGUUCUUGAUGAAGGUCAGGAACCGGAUUGAUAGAGUUGGAAUUGAUCUUCCAACAAUUGAAGUACGAUUUGAGCACGUAAAUGUUGAGGCAGAAGUACAUGUGGGUGGCAGUGCUUUGCCUACAUUCUUUAACUUCAGUGUCAAUAUUGUAGAGGGUUUUUUAAAUUCUCUCCAUAUUCUUCCAAGUAAAAAAAAACACUUGUCUAUCCUAAAAGAUGUUAGUGGAAUCAUCAAGCCUAGAAGAAUGACAUUGCUAUUGGGUCCUCCAAGUUCUGGGAAGACAACACUCUUGUUGGCUUUGGCCGGAAAGCUUGACCCCAAUCUAAAGUUGUCUGGGAGGGUGACUUACAACGGCCAUGGCAUGAAUGAGUUUGUACCCCAGAGAACUGCCGCCUAUAUCAGUCAAUAUGAUCUCCAUAUUGGAGAAAUGACUGUAAGAGAGACCCUGGGCUUCUCUGCAAGGUGCCAAGGGGUCGGAUCACGAUAUGAUAUGCUAGCAGAGUUGUCCAGAAGAGAAAAAGAGGCAAAUAUCAAGCCAGAUCCAGAUAUUGAUAUCUACAUGAAGGCUGCCACAACUGAAGGCCAAGAGGCAACAGUGGUGACAGAUUAUACAUUAAAGGUUUUGGGUUUAGAUGUGUGUGCUGAUACCAUGGUUGGAGAUGAAAUGAUAAGGGGUAUUUCUGGUGGACAAAGGAAGCGUGUUACAACAGGGGAGAUGUUGGUUGGACCAGCAAAGGCAUUGUUUAUGGAUGAAAUAUCAACUGGAUUGGACAGUUCGACAACUUUUCAAAUUGUGAAUUCACUCAAGCAAUAUGUUCACAUUCUUGAUGGAACAGCAGUCAUCUCUCUACUGCAGCCAGCACCAGAGACAUAUAAUCUUUUUGAUGACAUUAUUCUCCUCUCUGAUGGCUACAUUGUGUACCAGGGUCCCCGUGAGCUAGUUCUUGACUUUUUUGAAUCCAUGGGUUUUAAAUGUCCAGACAGAAAAGGCGUGGCUGAUUUCUUGCAAGAGGUGACAUCAAGGAAAGAUCAGGAGCAGUACUGGGCACGCAAAGAUGAGCCUUACAGUUAUGUCACAGCUCAGGAAUUUGCUGAGGCAUUCCAUUCAUUCAAUGUUGGCAGGAGUAUAGGAGAUGAACUUUCAGUUCCAUAUGACAAGAGUAAAAGUCACCCGGCUGCUUUGACAACCAACAAGUAUGGUGUUAAUAAGAAGGAGCUGUUAAAAGCUAAUUUCUCAAGAGAAUACUUGCUGAUGAAAAGGAAUUCAUUUGUUUAUAUCUUCAAAAUUACACAACUUUUCAUAAUGGGACUGAUUGCAAUGACAAUUUUCCUACGGACAAAGAUGCCUCGUGAUUCAGUAAACGAUGGAUCAAUUUAUACGCGUGCUUUGUUCUUCACUGUGAUUACGAUUAUGUUUAAUGGAAUGGCAGAGAUUUCAAUGACGAUUGUAAAGCUUCCUGUCUUUUACAAGCAAAGGGAUCUCCUCUUCUAUUCUUCUUGGGUAUAUGCUCUUCCAACAUGGAUCCUCAAGAUUCCAGUAACAUUUUUAGAAGUUGGAGUUUGGGUAUUUAUGACCUAUUAUGUCAUGGGAUUUGAUCCAAGUCCUGGAAGGUUCUUUAAACAAUACCUUCUGCUCUUACUUGUAAACCAAAUGGCUUCUGCAUUAUUCCGAGCUAUUGCAGCAAUGGGUAGAAACAUGAUUAUUGCCAACACUUUUGGGUCCUUUGCACUGCUCUUACUUUUUGCCUUAGGUGGCUUUAUACUUACCAAAGAUGAUAUAAAGAAAUGGUGGAUAUGGGGCUACUGGAUAUCCCCUUUGAUGUACGGGCAAAAUGCAAUAGUGGUGAAUGAGUUCCUGGGCGGAAACUGGAGAAAUGGUAGCACAACGGAAGAACUGGGAAUUUCUGUUUUGAAGGCUAGUGGGUUCCCCACUCAAGCAAAGUGGUAUUGGAUUGGCAUAGGAGCACUAGUUGGAUUCUUACUAGUUUUCAACAUCAUUUUCACUCUGGCUCUUACUUAUCUUAACCCACUUGGAAAGGCACAGACUGUAAAAUCAGAUGAACCAGAAAGCAAUGAACAAGGGCAGAGGAGGAGAAGUAGAUCAUCUGCAAGGUCAGGAGCUGAAAUUAACGCCAACACUAAUGGGAAAAGAGGAAUGGUUCUUCCAUUUGAUCAACAUUCUAUCACAUUUGAUGAUAUUAUAUACUCUGUUGACAUGCCACAGGAAAUGAUGAGCCAGGGUGUUAUUGAGGAUAAAUUGGUGCUUCUGAAGGGUGUGAGUGGUGCUUUUAAGCCAGGUGUUCUCACAGCUCUGAUGGGUGUUAGUGGUGCUGGUAAAACAACUCUGAUGGAUGUGCUGGCUGGUAGGAAAACCGGUGGAUAUAUUGAAGGGAACAUCACAAUAUCAGGAUUCCCAAAGAACCAAGAAACAUUUGCUCGAAUUUCUGGGUACUGUGAGCAAAAUGACAUUCAUUCUCCUCAUGUUACUGUGUAUGAGUCCUUGCUUUACUCAGCAUGGCUCCGCUUAUCCUCUGAAGUUGAUUCAGAAACCAGAAAGAUGUUCAUUGAGCAAGUCAUGGAGCUUGUGGAGCUAAACCCAUUGAGGAAUGCACAAGUUGGGUUACCUGGUGUGAAUGGUCUCACUACUGAGCAGCGCAAGAGGCUCACUAUCGCAGUUGAGCUUGUGGCAAACCCCUCCAUAAUAUUCAUGGAUGAGCCAACUUCAGGUCUAGAUGCAAGAGCUGCUGCAAUUGUUAUGAGAACAGUUAGGAACACAGUGGACACUGGAAGAACAGUUGUGUGCACCAUCCAUCAGCCAAGCAUUGACAUAUUCGAAGCUUUUGAUGAGCUUUUCCUAAUGAAACGUGGAGGACAAGAGAUAUACGUUGGGCCAUUGGGACACCACUCAUGCCAUCUUAUAAAGUAUUUUGAGAGUAUUGAAGGAGUCAAAAAAAUUAAAGAUGGUUACAAUCCAGCAACUUGGAUGUUGGAAGUCUCAUCUUCAGCAGAGGAAAUAAAUUUGGGUGUUGAUUUUACUAAUGUGUACAAAAACUCAGAGCUGUACAGGAGGAACAAGGCAUUGAUUCUAGAGUUGAGCAAGCCUACUCCCAAUAAAAAAGAACUCUAUUUCCCAACCCAAUAUGCACAGCCAUUUUUCACUCAAUGCAUGGCUUGCUUGUGGAAGCAACACUGGUCCUAUUGGCGCAACCAACCAUACACUGCCGUGAGAUUUCUGUUCACAGUUUUCAUAGCGUUGACAUUUGGGACAAUGUUUUGGGACCUUGGUACCAAGACCGAGAGGCAACAAGAUUUAGCAAAUGCAAUGGGUUCCAUGUAUGCUGCUGUUCUCUUCCUUGGUGUCCAAAAUUCUACGUCAGUGCAGCCUGUAGUGGCAGUUGAACGAACUGUCUUCUACAGAGAAAGAGCUGCUGGAAUGUAUUCUGCAUUGCCAUAUGCAUUUGCACAGGCUGCAAUUGAGCUCCCAUAUGUUUUUGCACAAGCUGUGUUUUAUGGCGUCAUAGUUUAUGCAAUGAUUGGGUUUGAAUGGACUGUUGCCAAAUUCUUUUGGUAUCUAUUUUUCAUGUACUUCACAUUGCUAUACUUUACCUUCUACGGCAUGAUGACUGUGGCUGUGACGCCAAACCACCAUAUUGCCGGGAUAAUAGCGUCUUCAUUUCUUAUAAUAUGGAAUCUAUUUUCAGGAUUCAUAAUGCCGCGACCUAGGAUUCCUGUAUGGUGGAGAUGGUACUACUGGGCAUGUCCAAUAGCUUGGACUUUGUAUGGAUUGAUUGCAUCACAAUUUGGAGAUAUAGAGAAGCUUAUGACUGACGGCAAUAGAGACCCAGUGAAAGAAUAUAUUAAAAGCACUUUUGGAUACAAGCAUGAUUUUCUAGGAGUGGUUGCAGUUGUAGUUGCUGGGACUGCUGUCCUCUUUGCAUUCAUCUUUGCAGUUUCCAUCAAGGUGUUCAAUUUCCAAAGGCGAUAGAAAGUUGUUUUGAUUAUUUUGUAUAGUAUGUUUCCAGCAAGUUCAAGAUGUUUUGUCUCUUACAUCAACAAGAUGUAUCUUGAAGCACUUUAUUAUUGUUAUUACUAUUUAUUAUUUAUUUUAUUCAAAGCACUUGGAUUAUUGAUAUUAGUAUGUUUUAGGAUUCAUGCUAUCCAGCAAGUACAAGAUGUUUUGUCUCUUGCACCAACAAAAUGUACUUUAAAGCACUUGAUUAUUGUAUUACCUUGUUUUUUUAAUUUGUAA